UUUAAAUUUAAUUUUCCUUUGGUAUUAAUAAAGUAUUUUAAAUUGAAUUUAAUUGAAUUGAAAAUUACUAAUAUAAGAUGAUCUUAAAUUGACUUAGCUCAUUUCAGUUCAGUUUAGCAAAAUUAGAUUAGUUUAACUUAUCUUAAGUUAGUUAAAUUUAACUUAGCUAGUUGGAUCAAAUUGGAUGUAAAUGUUCUGUAUUUCAAGUAUUUUAACUCUUAAACAAACUGACUAGUUUAAAUUGAAACUGCAUGAACCAAAUUCACCCAGAAGAUGGCAGCAGAGAUACUGGAAGCUUUCGCUUGUUAAAACCGUAAUAGGAAAGGGUAAACAGUGAACUAUCUUGCUGUUUGAACUUCAGCUGAACAUGUCGUCAUGUGUUAAAGUUCUGCUCAUGGAGCUGAGUUAAUCUGACUGCAUUAAAUGUUUUUUCCUCUCAUGCACAGAUAAAUGCGUCCAGUUUGCUCCAGGCUGGACUUUGGACCUGUUUUCCAGCUGCAGGUUCUGCAGGUUUGGAGCAGAUACUCUCUAGCUGCACGGGAUCCAGUUGCUCUGAAAGGAGCAUGGCCUCUGGGAUGCUGAGGUCACGUCUGGUUGCUUGUCUUCUGAACGUCUCUGAGGGUCGCAGGAAGGACCUGGUGGAGAACGUGGCCAAGGCUGCUUUGUACGAUGCAGAGGGCAUGCAGCGGAAGGAGACCACGGUGCUGAACAUCUUCAACGACCAUGACUAUAACCGCUCCGUCAUCACCAUCGUGGCCUCCGUCGACUCCAUCAGAGACGCGGUGCUGUCUGCGUGCCAGGAAGCGUGCGCGCUCAUCGACAUGCGCGGGCACGCGGGCGUGCACCCCUGCAUGGGGUCGGUGGACCUGAUCCCCAUCUACCCGCUGGGGGAGGCGGUGGGGGAGCGGGACUGCGUCCAGCAGGCCCUGGCGGUGGCGCGCGGCCUCACGGAGACCGUCCGCGGCGCCAGCGUCUUCCUGUUUGGCUGGGCGGACGCGGCGCUGCAGCGCGGCCUGGCCCGAAGGAGGAAGGAGAUGGGCUGGUUCCGGAAGAGUCCGGACCUGCAGGCGCUCACCGCCGACGUUGGUCCGCCGCCGCGGGAACGAUACGGACUCACAGGAGUCGGAGCCAGUCCCUACGUCAUGAACUGUAACGUUUCCAUCGAUACGCUGGACGUCGCCGUCGGCCGCAGCAUCGCCGCCGCCCUCAGGGAGUCGGUGCCCGGUGGGCUUCCUGGGGUCCAGGUGCUGGCUCUGCCACAUGAGGGCGCCGUGGAAAUCGCCUGCAACGUGGAGAGCGUGGCAGGAGCCGCGCCUGGCGGCCCGACCGAUCCGCCGUGGCCGCGCUUUGUCGUUGACGGGCGGCCAUAUUGCCACGCCCCGGCCGCCCUCAUCAUGGCCCGGGUGGCGGAGCUGGCGGGGCAGCAGGGGGUCGGGGUGAAGGGCACCGCCCUGGUGGGGUUUACCCCCCAGGAGUGCAGGGGCUUGGCUGAGCUGGCUUUGUCUGAGGGGAUCGGGGAGUUCUGGAGGGAGCAGCGAAGGAUCCACAUGUGAAAACCGACCAAGAGAAAAUGACUGAACUACAGACACAAACGAUUCUCCGACUUACCACUGUCACUGUAAGGGGCAGUAUCAUGUAAAGUCAACUUUAUUACAUCAUGUCAUUCCCUCAUCGAAAUCAAACCUGGAGCGUUGCUUUGAGUCUUUCAUGUAUGAGAAAUCCUUUCAUCUCCAUGGCAACCAUUCAGCUGAGCAAAAUGCCUGGGUGGACCAAGCUCCGCCCACGAGCCGCAGAUCCUCCUCUCAGCUGCAGUUUCCAAGCUUCCGACCACCCACUCAGCUCCUUCAGACUAGCCAGCAGGAAUUAGCAAACACCUGCUGAGAUCAUUAUAGGAGCUGCUGCUCAGAGCAACGCUGGUAAAAACGUUGUUAAAGGGUUAAUAUAGGAGUCAUGUCUGGAUGAUUUCCUGGAGGCGGAGCUUCAGGAAGAGCAGGAGCUUUUAAUGCUGCCUGUUGUUGAGACGCUUUACCAGGUCGAGAAAGAGUUACAUGUUGGUAGACAAGGGGCCCAUUGUAAAGAGUUAGAUUUUUGAUUCUGCUAGACGCUAAGGCCCAUUUCUCAGAAAACAGAAACUUAUCAGGCCACAGAGACAUGGUGUGAUUUCAGGGAGCGUCUUCAGUCCAUAUCAGCUGCCCUCCUCCUCCUCCUCAGAUGCUGCACAGACUUUUAGAAACUCUUCUCGAAUGUAAUGGAAAAAGCGUCUCCUU